AACCUACACUAUUUCCGUGGUGGAGAUAUACAGGAGGAGUUACCUAAAUAUUAACAAUCAUCUCUCUCUCUCUCUCUCUCUCUCUCUCUCGUUCCUUUGGUAGUAUGAUUGUGCAAUUUUAUCUGUAAACUUAUUUUCUGAAGAGGGAUCAAGAGGGAGAAUGCGGGGAUUUGGGGGAAGAUUCUACUGGGGGAAGCGAAGAGGAAGAGAAGAAGAAAGAAGAAGAGGAAUAGUGGUUGUAUUCGCAUGGAUGUCAAGUGAAGAGAAGAAUUUGAAGAAACAUGUUCAUCUUUACUCCUCUCUUGGUUGGGAUUCCCUUGUAUGCCACUCCCAAUUUCUUAAUAUGUUCUUCCCUGAUAAGGCUAUUCCUUUGGCAUUGGACCUUCUAAAUGAGCUUAUUAAGGAGCUAAAAGAAAGGCCAUGCCCGGUUGUCUUUGCGUCUUUCUCUGGUGGCCCCCUAACUUGUAUGUACAAAGUUUUGCAGAUAAUCGACUCAAAGUGUGAUACUCACGGAAAUCUGGAGGAGUAUCAACUCAUUAGAAAGUGUAUUUCCGGACAUAUAUAUGACUCAUGUCCUAUCGAUUUCGUAAAAGAUUUGGCCACCCGAUUUGUUCUUCACCCAAGCGUUCUUAAAGUCUCACAUCCUCCUAUAAUAUUAACAUGGAUUGCAAAUGGUAUCUUAUCUGGCCUAGAUGCUUUAUGCCCUGAGAGAUGGGAAUCCCAACGCACAGAAUAUUGGCAGACUUUGUAUUCAACUAUAGGAAUUGGAGCACCAUAUCUAAUACUUUGCUCAGAAAACGACGAUAUUGCUCCUUACCAAACCAUCUCCAACUUUGCUCAACAAUUACAAAGCCUUGGUGGCGAUGUCAAAUUACUAAAGUGGAGUAGCUCCGCUCAUGUAGGUCACUAUCGACAUCAUCCGGAAGAGUACAAGGAUGCUGUAACCGAGCUCCUAACAAAAGCUGUAUCUAUUUACUCGCAAAAAACCGAACAUGGUGGUGGGCCCUCCAAUGGUUCAACCUCCUCAGAACUGCUACACCAUUUAAGGGAACCAAUAUCUUUAGGCAUGAGACAUUCACCCUCUAAUCCUAUACAAUGCAUCCAGAGAUCGAGACUCUGA